AUGCUGACCUCUUGGCUUUCCAACCCACCAGCUAGCAAUCGCUCGAGCAUCGACGAGGCCAGAGGCGCUGCCGAAGAUGACGACACCACUGUGGUCGAGGCCGACCAGGGCAACGUGCUCGGCCACAUCAUUUCCCAGCUUCGUCCUGGAGCUGAUCUGAGUCGCGUUGUUUUGCCGACCUUCAUUCUUGAGCCCCGUAGCAUGCUCGAGAGGAUUACAAAAGGAGUAAAGAAGCCCCUGAACCCGAUCCUCGGCGAGGUUUUCUCCUGCUACUGGGAUCUGCCCGAUAACACGAGAGCAUACUACAUCUCCGAGCAAACGUCGCAUCAUCCUCCCAAGUCUAGCUACUUCUACAUGGUCCCUGAGCACAACAUUCGUGUUGAUGGCACACUCAAGCCCAGGAGCAAGUUUCUGGGAAACUCGGCGGCGAGCUUAAUGGAGGGCACAGCGGUCUUGUCUUUCCUUAAUAGGGGCAAGGACAAGACGAAGGGCGAACGAUACAUCUUGACGCAGCCAAACAUGUACGCUCGAGGCAUUCUAUUUGGAAAGAUGAAGUAUGAGCUUGGAGACCACAGCUUUGUCCGGUGUCCAGAGCUCGACUUGGUCGCCGACAUUGAGUUUAAGGUGAAGGGCUGGGUCAGCGGUACAUAUAAUGCGAUUGGUGGUUCAAUCAAGCACGAAAGCACAGGCGAAGUCCUCUACGAGCUGUCGGGCUUUUGGAACGACGAGAUGUUUGUCAAGGAUGUCAAGACCGGUCAUAAGGAGAUGUUCUUCAACGCCAGACGAUCGAAGCCCAGCAGUCCCCUGGUACGGCCUAUCGAAGAGCAGGAUGAGCGCGAAUCCCAGAAGCUUUGGGCACCGACAGCUCAGGCCGUAAAGGAUCGCAACCAUGAGCUUGCGACGGACGAGAAGACCAAGGUUGAAGAUAGACAACGCGAGGAGCGCGAGACAAGAGCUCGCGAAGGUGUUGAAUGGAAGCCUAGGCUUUUCAGGGCCGUCCAGGGCGGCCCGGGUGGUCCUGAAGAGGGCGAGGAAGAGCUUGAGUGGAUCAUUAACGCUCACAUUGACCACACGAGCCCAGAGAAGCAGACUGAGCAAAUUUUGGCCAUAUACCCUAUUCUUCCGGGCCAGAAGCCUUCUACAACAAACGCCAUUCCUCCCCAUAAGCCCUCUACAACAAGAGAGGCCCCGGCCCCGGCUCCGGCCCCGGUCGCUCAGCAGCAUGUCGGAGGGAACGACUUGAUCGAUUUCGGCGAUGCGCCAGCUACCAUCCCGACAGCUCCAACAGCAACUGCGCCUGCGGUUCAGCCACCCAUCAAUACUCCUCCGCCGGCAGGUCAGGAGGCGCGGAGUGGAUCCAAGGACAUUGAAGGGAUGCUCAACAGCACCGGAACGCAAGCAAAAGAGGGACCAUUGAUGGACUUCACAGACAUGAAGAAGAGCGUGCCGCCGCUGAAGAGAGCCGAUGAGAGCAACGACAGCUUCCAUAACGCUUUGGAGUAG